AUGACUUGCAAACGAUUGUUUGCAGAGAUACACAACAGGAGACAACUACAACUCAAGGUUACACCAAAAAAAGGUAUCAGUGGUGUAACAUUGUUGGACAACUCUGAUGUAGAGAUGAUCCACAACCUUGUGGGGGCGCCUCGGAACCUCCCACCAACAUUGACACAUCUCGAGCUUGGUCCCAAGUUCAGACUGAUCAAUCAUUCCUUCCUGCCGCCAUCGCUCACAUCACUCAGGUUGAAAAGUACAGUGCACUAUAGCCUGAGGUUUGAUCAGUUGCCACCAUCACUCAAGACUCUGGAGCUUGGUGAUCAUUUCAAAAAAUAUUCACCGGAAUAUGGUACGAUGCCACCAUCUAUCACAUCAUUGUCACUGGGCAAUGAGUUCAAUCAAGAGUUAGAGCCAGGCCUCCUACCUGCGUCACUCAUAUCGUUGACUCUGGGUGUCAAAUUUGACCGACCAAUAGGCCAGCGAUCACUUCCCCUCACUCUGGAGACACUAAAUAUUGGUGAAGGCUAUAGACAGGAGUUUGGAUUGGGAGUGCUGCCAUCAUCGCUCACCUCUCUCUCAUUCCACGAGUAUUCAAUGUACAAAUUAGAGUUCAUGCCUGGAGUGUUGCCAAACGGACUGCAAUCAUUGACACUUGGACAGCAUUACAACAUCAAGUUUAAAGUCGGAUCACUCCCAGCAUCACUCACACGCUUGGUAUUGGGCCAUAAGAGAUGUUCAUAUUAUAAUCAAGAGUUUCAACCUGGUGUACUGCCCGCUUCACUUCGCACAUUGGCUGUGGGCCAUUCAUUUAUUCAAUCGAUUCAACGAGGCGUUCUGCCCAACUCUUUGACCAACUUGGAUGUACCCUUGUUUUCUGGCCGAGUUAUCGAGCCAGGUGCACUUCCCAAUUCACUCAUAACAUUGAAUAUCAGCGUCAGACCAGUGAUCACGGUUGGAAUGUUGCCCAACUCACUCCAAACACUCUACAUCUCCAAUGACCUUUAUGGUGGAUUGCCUGUGGGCGUACUUCCAGAGUCAUUGACCAUGCUAUCGCUCGAGUAUUGUCAAUCUUUCAAUCUUCCAAUUGCACCUGGCGCGUUACCAUCGUCACUAAAGACAUUGAUAAUGAGUCUAUCAUACUAUCACCCAAUCGUACAAGGUACUCUACCAUCAUCAUUGACAUCACUAAAGAUGUCUUGCAUCAAUCAGAAAUUCAAACCUGGAAUGUUGCCAUCGUCGAUCACCACAUUGGACUUUGGCAGCUCGUACUCCUGUAAACUGACUGCCAAAAAGCUGCCAUCAUCACUCACAUCGCUCAGAAUUUGUGGUUCACCCCUGACCUUCCCAAGAUUGGAGAGACUUGAGAUCAAUACCUUGGAUUGCAUCUCAUCGAUCAAGUGUGAUUAUAUUGGAUCACUGGUCGUCAAAAGUAACAUUAAUGACAAGAAGCCUAACAGUGCGUGGCCAUCGACCAAGCUACACUUUGGAUCAUUCACAAUUGGCGAUCGAUCAUUUCAUGCAACGACGGAUCCCAAGCAUCGCGUACAGCAAAUCAAGUCGCUGAUCAAAUCGAUACCAAACGCCGAAUCUUACAACAUACACAGCAAAAACUGGAGUGUUCAACUUCGCAAGACUGAUCCAUGGAAUACAAUCAUUCUCAUCAGUACAUACAAUCGUCGUCGAGAGGAGGAUGAUGAACAAUCAGUCACCAAGAAGAGAAUACUAUUCUUGACCAUUGACAGGCCUGGAGAGUUUGUGGCAGGAUUGGAACAAGAGAUCAAACGUUUGAACCAAGAGAUUGACCAACUCAAGUGUAAAGUGGAACAAUUGGUUCAAGAGAAGAAGGAGGAUAGCAAUAAGUUAGAGUCAGUCACCAAUCAACUCAAUCAAUGUUUGAAGGAAUUGGAGAACAAUGUGGUUGUACCUGCAGGAGUAGCUUCACCAACCAAGCCUGUUGCCAAGAGUACAAGAAAAAGGAAAUAA